AUGUCCAGGAAGCAUGCGUGCAAUGCCCGCCCCAUGGGCCAUUCGCCCCUCUCGCCGCCUCCGACCUGCGCCCGCGGCCGUCGCGGCCGCCGCGAGGGGGCCCACGGCGCUCCAGCGGCGCGCGCACGCGGCCACGUAGAGCCGCACCAGCGCGGCGUCCGAGGGCGACAGCGCGGCGCCGCUGGUUUCCCCGCAAAGGCCGGCCAGGCACCGCCAGGGCAGCCCCGGCGGGCGCGCGGCCAUCACCGGAAGGGGAAGGUGGAGAAGAGAUGGAGGAGGACGAGGGCAGUAUCUUCAACAAGGCCCCAGAGCGCGUAGGCUUGGC